AACUUGUAAGUUUCAGGAAGAGAACAGAAUCUCGUUUGUUUUUGUUUUGGCAAACUUCACUGUCACUAGUGUCAAGCACAUUUACUUAAAUGAUGUGAAUACCAUUUUGCGAAAAAGAGGAGGGAAUAAAUUGUGGAAGAUGGCUCUUGUGACAGUUCAAAGAUCUCCAAGCCCCAGUAACAGCACUGCAGAAUCGGAGGAGGUGGUAUCCGAAGAUGCAGAUGAAGUCGACGCAGCAGGAAAAGCAGCAUCACCCCCUCGACAGCGCAGCCGGAUGACUUUGGUAGUUGAAACGGAAAGGACCAAGACAGCUGCUAAGAGACUCAAGAAAUUUUUCCAUACGGUCCGAUUCAUUUCCAAAUUGAGGCCUUUUAGUGAGAGUUACUUUACAGUCAAAGGGGCGGCACUAAUUCUGCCACAGAAUGAACAAGAGUCAGGAUAUGCUUCCAAGCGGAUAACAAAGAACUGCGACAACGAGAUACAGAGUCAUCUGCAGUCGAUGUUUUACCUGUUAAGACCACAGGACACAAUAAAAAUAGCUGUGAGACUGGAAACUACGAAUCCCACUGGUAACCCACGGUACAUGGCGGUGGUGUCAUGUGUGGGUCGCCAGGACGAGGAGGAGUCGGUGAUAUUGGGGAUUGACUGUCAGGAGAAAGCCACCAUAGGGCUGGUAUACCCCAUCUUCUCUGACACCUCCAUCAAACUCGAUGGCGAUGGUGGUUUUAUUGUGUCCUCAGAUGGCAAGCUACAUGUCUUCAAACCGGUGUCUGUGCAGGCCAUGUGGUCAGCUUUACAGAGUCUCAAUAAGAUUGUUAAAAUGGCUCGUGACAAUCGCCACAUUCCUGCAGGCUUGUCACAUACUUGGACAGGGUAUUAUGAAUCUUCUAGUCUAAGAUCCAGUCUCACCCAAAUCACAGAAUGGCACACUAAUGAAGAUGUAGAGUUUUUCAAGUCAAUGCCAGUUUUUGUUGAAACUGAUGAUGAGGAGUCACAGUUUAAGAAGAGACUGAAUGUAGAGCUGAAGAAUGUCAUGAUGAGAAUGGAUCUAGAGGAAGCUACAUGUAAAGAGAUACGUCAAGAGCUUGAGGAAGCUAUGGGGACGGAUUUAUCGGAGUACAAGAGUUAUGUUGACCAGGAAAUGAUGAGGAUUUUGGGACAGAUGGACUCGCCAACUAAAAUUGAGGACUACCUCUACCUCGGUUCAGAGUGGAAUGCUUCCAACAUGGAAGAACUCCACAACAAUGGUGUGGGACACAUUCUAAAUGUAAGCAGAGAGAUUGACAACUUUUUCCCUGGAUGUUUCGUGUACCAGAACAUCCGUGAAUGGGAUUCUGAAGAAACGGACCUCAUGAAGCACUGGGACAAAACAUUUAUGUUCAUCAAGGAGGCUAGGAAUCGAAAUUCAAAAGUUUUAGUCCAUUGCAAGAUGGGGAUCAGCAGAUCUGCAUCUACUGUGAUGGCGUACCUUAUGAAGGAGCAUAGGAUGUCGAGACAGGAAGCGUAUGAUUACGUAAAGGAGAAACGUAGCUGUAUAAUGCCAAACUCCGCCUUCUGGAAACAGCUGGAAACUUACGAAGGCAUACUGCAAGCCAAGAGAAAACUUGAGCUGUUUAAAAGCAAGUCCCAACAAGACUUACUGGAUGCUUCCAUGGAGGAAGAUGAUGUGGGCUUCAACAGACAUCAUCAUCAUCACCUCUUCACGGAGACUGACAUGACCAGGUGUCAUAGUAUGCCAGGUGGCCUGGAUAAUUCUGUAUUUUAUCAUCCUGAUUAUGAACCAUGCCACAUGGAACCAGAUAUGGAGGCUGAAUCCAGAAGUGCUGACUCAGCAGAAGACUCCCUGUCUGAUCAUCCCUCCCCCAAACCUGAAGAAGAGGAAGCCUCAAAGAAAGAUCUGGCCUACUACAUAGGGGAGGAAGAUGAUGGUCACCAGUCGGAAGGCAUGGAAGAGAUAGAUUGGAACAAGCCAAUGUCAUCUUCACUGCCAACAUUCAAAAUUAUUAAGCCAGAUGAGAGCUGGAUAAGGGGAGAAGCUGAGAAAGAAGAAGAAAGUGAAGAGAAGAAGUCUGAUGUGGAAGUGAAGGUCAUUGCUGCUGAUAAUGGAGAAAUGUCAAAACAGAGUCCAGAGGAGGAAGAGAAAGUGUCCAAAUCCGAUGAUAGUGCUAUGGAAACUAACAGUCCCUUUGUUCAUUUGAAAGAAAACAUUCCCUGGAAUCCAGGGACUGUGAAAAAGACAAAAGAAAACAUUGAAGGCAAAAAGACUGAACCUUUGGUAGGAGGAGAGAGCUUCAUUCCUGAUCAGAUAAUUGUGAUAAAGGGUGCAGAGAAUGUUGGUGCAAAACCGGAUCUGAAGCUGGAUCUGGCUGGAGUUACAGUGUCAGAGAGCUCGGAUUAUGGUAGGGACACAUGCACUCCUACAUCAGAGAGUAGCAGAAAUUCCGGAUCUGUGUAUGAAAAAGAGGAAAUUCCUUUGGCACCUGGAACUGUAAAAAGAACUCUCAAGGAAAUAGAGGAAAAGCAUGGGUUUUUGAGAAAUAAGGACCUACCUCCACUUCCACUUCAGAGAUCAGAAAGUUUAAAGAGUCCCAGAGACAAGGUGAGACGUCGGCGUAUGGACCGUGAACGUCGUAAGACCUGUAACCCAGUCCUAGUCAGUUCCCCCAGAAGUCCUGAGGAGGAGGUGGAUUUUGAAUGGAGGAGACACAGUACAGGGGAAACGUUCUCUUCCAAGCCUGGUACAGAGGAGAAAUCACCAGAAACCAAACAAGCUGUGUACAAACUGAUGGGGGAAGAAAUUACUGUAGAAAAGGGCAUUGUGAGGAAGCAGAGAGAAGGAAUCGAAGGAAAGAGUCGACAGAGUUCUCCUUGUAAUGAUGCCAAAGAUCAACUGAAGGUUACACCUGAUGAACCUAGUAGUACUGAAUCAGAAGUUUUGAUAAAAGAUGACCUUAAGUCUGAGAAUGUAAAAAAUGUGCCAAAUAACAGUGAAUGUGCCUCAGACACAAAUAUUAGUGCCAAUAAUAAUGCAACUAAUGAAGAGAGUACAUCCAAACAGUCAGUGAAUGAAAUCAAAUCAAAUUUUGAGAAGAGCCCUUCUUGUGGGGAGACUCCUAAGCAUGAAGUUUGUCCCAAGAUUGGAGAUUCUUCAAGGACCACCAAUCAAAGUGGGGAAUCUCCAGAAUCACCAAAGUGUUCUUUUGCAGAAAGGAAAAAGACUUUUGAGACUCCUAUCCCUCUUGAGAGCCCUGAGGUAUCAAGGAGGCCAAAAAGGAAAUCUCAAAGUGAGGCUAGGUUUGACCCAGAGACUCUGAAGCUCAUUCGAGAGAUUGGGUCUGCUUUGAUGAACAGUCCUGCUAAGUGUAAAAUAGAGACAGACACAGAUUUGGAUAGUAAAGGAAAUUUUAGUCUAGUGAAGCAUUUUGUUAGAGACAUUGAGAGAAAUGAAAGGAAACCUGAUAGAGAGAUCAUCAUUAUCGACAAAGAAUCACAGGCUAGAAGGAAGAGGAACUGGAGAUUCAGUGCUCCUACCCCAACAAAGGAGGAUCCCAGUGAGGAGAAAAGUUACCUCAAAAGAACAGUGGCCAAAUCAACCAGCCAACCAAUAUCUCUGCUGGAGGAUUCGGACAAAGGGACCCUGAGUCAGGAUAACAUAGGAUCUCAACCACAGAAAUUGAGUGACCAGAAUACUGAAAUCAGGAAUGAGGUAUAUCCUUUAACUCUGCCAUCUGGUACACCUCCAGAAAACUGCACAGUGUCUGAGGAUCAUAUAGAUAAAGUGCAUAAUUUGGUUGGGAAAUUCCAGCCUGUUGAAUUUAAAGGAAAAAUGAAUUUAAAUGUGAAAAGUGACACACUAGAAAAAUGUGGACCUGAUUUAGAAAUGAAGAGCAAAAGUGAACCACCGGAAAAAGUCGAAAGCCUUGCUACUGCUCAAAAUGAGGCAAAUAAGGAGAGUGACUCAGAAUCUUCAGACAAUACACAAUUACGGUACGUCAAAGAAAACCUUAGAAAAACAAAUCUCUAUUGCACUAAAAGACCUCAGUCUGCAGAACUUAAAAGAUCCAACACCACUCCUGGAUGUACCUUAGGAACACUGAGAGAGAAAGUGAACUCUAGAAUGCAACAGAGGAAGAGUACAGAUGAUGCAGACUCAGAAGUUGCCAAGGAGAAAAGAAAAGUCCGCAAGCUUCAAGGGCGGAGUCACCCACUUACAAAACUGGAAUAUCGAAGAAAUAAUCCAUUUUACAGCACCAUGUAAAUACCAAUGCUCAGUCCCAGUCAGGAUUGUUACAGUGUAUAUGUGAUAAAUUAUCAAAGCAAGUUGAGAUUAAGUUGGCAUUUUUCUGUGAUAGAAUGUGACUGUGUGAUUUUGUUUUGGUUUUUUUUCUCUCGCUUGUUAUAUGUAUGUUUUAAUGCAUUAUAUUAUUGAUAAUAUAUGUGAAACUUGUUAACAAUUGGUGAAUAAUGUUAUACGUGUGUGUAAUGAUUGCAUGAAUAUAUGUAAAAAUGAAGUUAAAG